AAAUAUCGUUUUGAAUAUUUAUUAUUGUCAAUUAUCAGUUGGCUACGAAUACAACACACUAAUUUUUUAACAUUGCAUCAAUGUUUAAAUGUUUGUAAUAUUUUACGAUUUAAUUAACUGGUAUUGAAAACACAAGGGCUGUUACUGAUAUUUCUCGAUCCACUUUAUAGUUUCGGAGAAAUAAAAGUAAAAUCAGGAGUAUUAAUAUCUGUGCAUAACAGAAAUGCAAGAAAUGGUAUGGCUGACAGAAAAUCAAACGGAGAUAAAACAGCACCGGAAUUUAAAUCAUGUCCUGGGAUUGAUGAAGUCCCAGAUUUUCGAGCAUUUAUGGCAAAUCCAGUGUUCUCACCUGUUUUGAAUUACCUACAAAAUGAAAAUAAGGAAAUCAUUAAACAAUCUAGAGAUUCAGUCAGAGUAUUUCAAAAGCAUCGCAUGUGUUCUUUAAGUAUGUUCCAACAGUACCCAGACUCGCCAACAGCAAACAGGUAUAUUACAGCUUGGAAUCAUUUUUCUGUAGCUUCUCAAAUAUUUCAGGGCUACAAAAAGGAUAAAGUUGAAGAUUUGAAAGACUGUGAAAUUCUUUGUACAGCUUUUGAGAAUAUCGUACAUGGGUACAUUUAUGAAAAUAGUAUGUUUGAGCCAUUUCGACCACCCGAAAAUACUUUAUCUCUCAUUGAGCAAUAUCUUAGAUUCAGACCCAACGACAUUUUUGCUGAGUACGUUAAAGUUAUCAUUCGUGUGAGAGCCGCAUACAAUCCGGAACAAGGGAAGAAUAAACUUUUGUCUGAUUUUGAAUCUGCAAAACUACGCAUAAAAACUUCUGAAAUGUUUGCGUCAAAACUCAGUUUAAACAUAGAUUCUCACCCGUUCCAACGAAGAAUUCUUAGCGAUGUAUUUUAUCAUCUUGGUGCAAACUACGUAUCUACAAGUCAACCUGAGCGAGCGCUUGAUUCGUUCCAAAAAUCGUAUGAUUUGGACGAUACAAAUGUUGGGGCACUCUAUGGAAUCGCCUACAAUUACACCGAAAGUGAUCCAACAAAAGCUAUCAAGUUGCUCCUGCAAUACAUUAGUUUGGCCCCAAAAUGCAAUGACAAGUAUCCGAAUGCUUAUUAUAUGAUAGCUUCCGCAUGUGUUGUGAAAGGAAACAUCCAGGAAGCAUUUCGGUACUGUUCUUUAGCAGAAGAUGCAGAGAAAGAGCGACUACCUUUCCUUCCGCCUGUUACGAUUCCUCAAAAGACAGUUAUGGACACCGUAAAGCAUAUGUACGCACAGAUGGAGUUAUUGCAAAAACAAAAACCAAUUAAAUGAGAAUUUAUUUUAAGCACAAAAUGUACAUGCAUCUAUGUAUUAACAAAGCUAUAAAAAAAAAGAUUGUAAGAGAUCAAAUGAAGAGAGAGUGUGAAAGUUUUUUUUUUUUUAGUUGAACCAAACGAUAUGUUAGGGCCCUCAUUAAUGUUUGUAAAGUCCUUGUUCAUUCUUCUUUUGAAAUAUUUUAUUUAUUUGUGCAGCCGUUCUUUAGUAGUGUUUUUUUUUAUGAAACGAGCUAACAUGGCUGAUAUUUGCAAAAAUGAGAUACAAUCGGCAGCAUAUGAUAAAGUGUGUGACAAUGACCUUAAAGACAGAUCGAUCCGGAUUUUGAUUAGUACUAAAUGUAUGGGGAUAUGGUUUACAAACAUGAUGAACAAACUAGCAACAAUUAAUGAAAGGUCGAAUUUUAUUUUUUUGCUGUACUACUACUGUUACAGUAACGUUGUAGAUUUUCAAAUAUCUAAAUGACUGAGAGAGAAAAAUCGAAAGCUCUGAUGAAGAGUUUGAGUCAGAUUAUAAAACAUCUAUAAGGCGAAGUGUUAAUGCUUUUCAAUUCAAAUUCGAAUUUUCAGUGAAAAGUAAAUAAAAACAAUGAAUUGUCAAAACGUGAAAGGGGGGGGGG